GGAAAGGAGGAUGAAAGAGAAGAAGAUGGCAUCCAUCCUCUGGACUCUUCUGCUACUGAUGAUCUGCCCAAGUCAGCAAGACAGUGUCAUCUAUGCCAGUGUGGGAAGAACAGUCAUCCUGCCUGGUGACGGUGUGGGGGGUCCAAACUGCUCCUCUGUGGAAUGGUAUGAUGGGCCAUAUGGUGGAGACUUGAGGAUGAUCUGGCCAGACGUGCCCCCUGAGCGAGCUGGAAGACUCAGUCUGCUGCCUGACUGUUCCCUCCACAUCACCAACAUCACCACUGAGGAGGCUGGACACUACACAUGUGGACGUCCCUGGAGUGGUGGGGAGAAGUGGUUUCUCCUUAUUCUUCUUGACGGUGUCAUCUAUGCCAGUGUGGGAGGAACAGUCAUCCUGCCUGGUGACGGUGUGGGGGGUCCAAACUGCUCCUCUGUGGAAUGGUAUGAGGUGCCAUAUGAUGGAAUCUGGAGGAAGAUCUGGCCAGACGUGCCCCCUGAGCGAGCUGGAAGACUCAGUCUGCUGCCUGACUGUUCCCUCCACAUCACCAACAUCACCACUGAGGAGGCUGGACUCUACACAUAUCGACAUCCCCUGAGUGGUGGGACGAAAAGGUUUCGACUUAUUCUUCUUGACGGUGUCAUCUAUGCCAGUGUGGGAGGAACAGCCAUCCUGCCUGGUGACGGUGUGGGGGGUCCAAACUGCUCCUCUGUGGAAUGGUAUGAGGUGCCAUAUGGUGUUGAACCCUGGAGGAAUAUCUGGCCAGACGUGUCCCCUGAGCGAGCUGGAAGACUCAGUCUGCUGCCUGACUGUUCCCUCCACAUCACCAACAUCACCACUGAGGAGGCUGGACAUUACACCUGUGGACGUCCCUGGAGUGGUGGGGAGAAAAGGUUUCUCCUUAUUCUUCUUGACGGUGUCAUUUACUCGAGUGUGGGACGGACAGCCAUCCUGCCUGGUGACGGUGUGGGGGGUCCGAACUGCUCCUCUGUGGAAUGGCGUGAUAAUCCAGCGAGCUGA